AUGAUUCGAACAAUAGCGAACUCGUGCAGAUCUUCUCAUUUCAGCUUUGAGCGACACAGUCAGAUUCUGCGCUCUUUACAAAUACAAAAUGUAUCAGGACGCACAAGGCAUGCUGCCCGUCACUUUUCAAAUUCGAACGAUGGAUCGUCUGGUACUAGGACGGUUUCGCACCGAGUAUCAGAUAUCUCGCCCGAAGGAUCAGUAGACUUGCCACUUGGCUCCAAAGCGUUCGUAGAUUGCGAUCGAGAAGCCAUUAUGGAUUUGUUUCACAAGUUUGCCGUCGAUUGCGAUGUUUCAGGAAAGUACAUGGACAAGGAACGACUUGGUGACUUAUUGAGAGCUAUUGGCGAAAAUCCAGACGAAGCGACACUUGACAGGCUCUUUACGGUCGCUGAUGAGAGUGGAGACGGAAUUAUUGAAUUGGAUGAAUUUUUGCGCAGCUCGGACAUUAUCUUGGGUGGCUCGCCAGCUUCGAUUAUUCUCAUCGUCGGAGGCCCCGGUAGCGGCAAAGGAAUGCUAUCAAAAAGACUAGAGGAAGAGUGCGGCGUGGUACACUUAAGCAGUGGAGAUCUGCUCCGGGACGAAGUUCGCAGAGGUACGGUUCUUGGAAACCAAGUCCGGGAGAUCAUGGAGAAAGGUGAGCUAGUUAGUAGUGCCGUCAUUGUCACAUUGGUUCGUCGGAUAAUGCGAAAUCAUCCUGGCAAGCGGGUCCUAUUGGAUGGGUUUCCGAGAAGCCAGCAAAACGCUGAAGACUUGAUCGAGCUUUGUGGAGUCCCAGAACUUGCUCUACAUCUCGUUUGUGAUGACACGUAUCUAAUAGAACGGAUCAUUAAACGUGGAAACGAAGAAAAGGGUACAAGAGAUGAUGAUAACAUUCACACCGCCUUGACUCGUUUGAGAACAUACCACAAGUACCAUCAUUCAACGAUGGAAUGGUUGCGAGAACAGCAUAUUCCAGUCGUGAACUUGGAUUGCUCAGGGUCACCCGAAAAUGUCUGGGAACAGCUCAGCGCAAUUGGGAGACUAAUGAGGCCCGUUGCAAGACACAAGUGA